AUGCUGAUUGACUGGUUGUGCAGUGGUGUCUGGGAGGUGGAAGUUUUGAGGUGGUGGUUGGGGGUGGAAGUGCUUGCGGUGGUGGUUCUUAUGAGGUGGAGGCUAGUGAUAGAAGCCGUUAGGGCUGUGGUGGCUGGCGGGUUGAGACUUGAGAUGAAGGUGGUUAUUGGUGGUGGCUGUGCAAUGGAGGUGAGGCUGGUGAUCAAAUCUAAAAGUGUGGAGUACUUGUCACUAUCUGUUUUCAUCUGCAGUAUCUUGUGGUCAAUCUUCGCGCUGCUUGGAAAGGACCCUUUCAUUUUGGUACCAAAUGGCAUUGGAACUUUAUUAGGAGCAGUGCAGUUGAUUUUAUAUGCAAUUUAUCGUGAUAACAGAAGGGAAGUCAAGAAAGAUGAAAUGAAUGAAUCAGUAGAGAAGAGGACCGGAGAAAUCCAAGAUAAGAAGCUAGCUAACACCUAA